CACUAUCAGUACACCACCGCCGCCUUCCCCCUCGCACUACCAAAACCAACGCAAAAGGUCCCACCUCAAACGUCUUACACAACACACACACCGCAAAGCCAUAGUAAAUCUCUCCACACACACCCUCACACCAGACAUGACCUCAGUCCUCCACAAAGGUCUCAAAUUCGUCCCCACCCCUCCUCCCACACCUAGACAAACACUUCUUACAGCAUCUCGGAAAUUCACAAGACUCAUGCACCUUAGAUACCACUUCCGCAACCAGCCCCACACUCCCCAACACCCUUUUAGAACCCCAAGCUCCUGGGACCCACCCACCCCACCCAACCACACAUUACGCACCUACACCAAUACCAUCACACACCAAAUCACCAACACACCCACCCCCCCACACACAAACACACCCAACCUCACACCGUCUGAACGCACCGCACUUAAACAAUUAUCGCAAUUACCCCACACCAUCAUCAAACCAGCCGAUAAAGGGGGAGCCAUCGUUCUCUGGGACACCAAAGACUACCUACUAGAGGCCAACAUACAACUCAAUGACACCAAUUAUUAUUCCACAGUCUCCCAUGACCAUAUACCCUCCCUUGCACAUAACAUUUCCCUAUACAUUCACCAACUGCUGCAAGACAACAUAAUCGAUGAACCUACUCACGAUUUCCUACUUCCCCACACACCCCCACGCACACCCCAGUUCUACAUGUUACCCAAAAUUCACAAACCCCACACCCCAGGCCGCCCAAUAAUCUCAGGUUGCCAAUCACCCACAGAAAAACUCUCCAUCUUUCUUGACCACUACCUCAAGAAAUUUGUACCACACAUCCCCUCCUACAUUAAGGAUACCACACACUUCCUGCAAACAGUCCUGUCCCUCCCCACACCACUACCAGACACAUGUUUUCUUGUCACAAUAGACGUCGCGUCUCUCUACACCAACAUCCCACAUGAGGAGGGUAUAGCUGCCGCCCUCUCAUACAUACAAACACUACCCGCACACAAACGCCCUCCUAUCCAUGUUUUUCGCAGCCUCCUCAACUACAUCCUCAAACACAACUAUUUCAAAUUCGACAACAAACACUACCUACAACUCCGCGGUACAGCCAUGGGAACUCGCAUGGCACCCUCCUACACCAACCUAUUCAUGGCCUCUGUGGAACACCAACUCCUCCGCAACAACCCCCUGCCACACUCCCCACACACUUGGCUCCGCUUCAUUGAUGAUAUCUUCAUGAUAUGGACUCAUGACGAGCCAUCCCUCCUCAACUUCUUACAAUACAUCAACAGCAUACACCCCACCAUUAAAUUCACCCAUGAAUACUCUCCCACCCGCAUUAACUUUCUCGACACCUAUAUCCACGUCACACCCCAACACACCCUCAUAUCCAGUCUAUACACCAAACCCACAGACAGCACGCUACUUCUACACUACCACUCACACCACCCACUAUCCUGCAAACACAGUGUUGUUUAUAGCCAGGCCCUCCGCUACAGACGCAUUACAACCGACACAAAUACCUACAAAUCACAACUCCUUACACUCAGACGCAUACUAUUAUCACGUGGUUACCCUGAUCAUGUCAUCCACACCGCCUUCACCAAAGCAAGCCAUUACACGCAACACCAACUCCUAUUCCCCAACACUCCCACAGCCACCCCAACAACCACCCCCACCCCACCUGCCAUACCUUUCAUCACACAGUUCAAUCACAACACAUCAACCAUCCCCCGCAUCCUUCAUGCUAACUGGGAACUCAUAUCCAGCGACCAGGAACUAUCCUCCAUAUUCCCCUCACCCCCUACCACAGCAUUCACCAGACACAAAAACCUUAAAGACACACUAGUCCACAGUUCACAUCCACGACACACACUCCAUAGAUACACUUUACAACACAUCACCACUUUCACCACAUCUCACACCUUACACCAACACCACAUCAACUCAAACCACAAGAGCGAGUCAAAUGAGAUGUACGCAGAGGGAAGCAACACGCCAUAUCCACUCCAAGCCAGCCAAUCACCGAAGACGAUUCACCACUACCAAGACCCUCAAGAACAGACGAACAGCCCCUCUACAGAAAUAUAACUGAUAUAUAUACACUGGAUAAAAACUCGGAAGCCAGCCAUCUACAACCAUAAACCCACAGGCCUAAUAGAACGACAAAAGGAACCCUACAAGUCUCCUGUACCACACAGCAUAUCCACACCAAUAAAAACAGUCCUUCUACAGAAGUACAUCCCCGAUCCACCAACAACAAGCCAUCAUCUCCAGCUAUAGACAUACCGGCCUCAACAAUGACCGUAGAAAAACUUCCACGAGACUCCUACGUAACACACGCUACUGCCCUGAAUAUCCUCACCUGGCUCCUCACCAACACUCCAUCCUCUCAGCGUAUGCCACCCCGUCAUCCUAUCUAGCACAGAACAUUUCCAAAAUAUUCCCGAACAAUAAUAUAGCCAUUCGUUUUAUUCAUCCGCCAUAUUUUGCCAAUUUUGUAAACCAAACCGCAACCAAUUUAAUAAAUACCCGGAUGUACAAUGGCCGAAACCGUAAACAGCGACAUCUAUUUUCAUCUUAUACUCGUAUAACCACGAGCGCAAUCCCCUCAGUAUCCAGCACAGAACACUUCUAAAAUAUUCCCGUACAAUAAUAUAAUCAUUCGUUGUAUUCAUCCGCCGUAUUUAGCCCAUUUUGUAAACCACACCGCAACCAAUUUAAUAAAUACCCGGAUGUACAAUAACCGGAAACGGAAA